AUGACUGCCGCCAGAGAUGUCGAGGCGGUGGCCCCCCACGACGACGCGCCCGGGUCCUUUGACGAGAUGGCCGAGAAGAAGGCCGCGCCCCCCCCGGCAGACGACCCCUUCGGCAACGAGGAGUGCGGCGAGGUCAAGUACCGGGUGAUGAAAUGGUGGCAGUGCGGCAUGCUGAUGAUCGCCGAGAACAUCUCGCUGGGCAUCCUGUCGCUGCCCGCCGCGGUGGCCACGCUGGGCAUCGUCCCCUCCAUCUUCCUCAUCCUGGGUCUGUCGGGCAUCUCCUGGUACACGGGCUACGUGAUCGGCCAGUUCAAACUCCGCUACCCCCAUGUCCACAGCAUGGGUGAUGCCGGCGAGCUGCUGUUCGGCGCCAUCGGCCGGGAGAUCAUGUUCUUUGGCCAGCUGCUCUUCUGCAUCUUCCUGAUGGCCAGCCACGUCCUCACCUUCACCGUGCUCUUCAACACCAUCACCGGCCACGGCACCUGCACCAUCGUCUUCGGCGUCGUCGGCCUGAUCGCGAGCUUCAUCGGCGCCCUUCCGCGCACCUUCGGGAAGGUCUACUGGAUGUCCCUGGCCUCCUGUGCCAGUAUCACCAUCGCUACCAUCGUCACCAUGGUCUCCGUGGCCGUGCAAGCCCCCGACCACGUGGCGGUCGACAUCACCACCCAUGUCAGCUUCGACAGCGCCUUCCUGGCGGUGACGAACAUCGUCUUCGCCUUCAUUGCCCACGUCGCCUUCUUCGGGUUCGUGUCGGAGAUGGAGGACCCGCGGGAUUUCCCCAAGUCCCUGGCCAUGCUGCAGGUCACCGACACGACCAUGUACAUCGUCACGGCCAUGGUCAUCUACCGCUACGCCGGCGCGGACGUCAAGUCGCCAGCCCUGUCCUCGGCCGGCCCGCUGAUGAGCAAGGUCGCCUACGGCUUGGCCAUUCCCACCGUGAUCAUCGCCGGCGUCGUCUUCGGCCACGUCGCCUCCAAGUACAUCUACGUGCGCGUCUGGCGCGGCUCGCCCCGGAUGCACGACAACAGCCUGGCGUCCAUCGGCUCGUGGGUGGCCAUCGCGCUGGGCGUGUGGGUGAUCGCCUGGGUGAUCGCCGAGUCGAUCCCGGUGUUCAGUGACCUGUUGAGUCUGAUUAGUGCCCUCUUUGGAAGUUGGUUCAGUUAUGGACUCCCCGCCAUGUUCUGGAUGCUCAUGAACAAGGGCCAAUACACCGCCUCGCGCUCCAAGAUCUUCCUGACGAUCGUCAACGUGAUCAUCUUCGGCAUCUGCUGCGCCAUUUGUGGGCUGGGGCUCUACGUGUCGGGCAAGGCGAUCCACGACAGCUCGGCGUCGGCCAGCUGGACGUGCGCCAACAAUGCCGACUAGUAAUGGCCCGGGGGUGCGUCGUGCCUCUCGUCCCGAUAUCUACCGUCCUUCCCCGGAUCGAGCUGGGCCGUCUGGGGAUUUCAUCGCGCCGGUGUUGGGGUUCGCGUGCUUGGUAACCUGUUUUGCUUUUUGUGUUCUCUGUUGUUGUUUAUAGCCGGCAUAUCCUGUUCCUUGGUCCGUCUAAUGUAGGUAUCAUGUCCGACCCACCGCCUCCCUACGCGCGUGGGUGUGGCUCUCCCCAUGUGCUGUAGAUAAGAUAUCCAUUCAUGAUCGUCAAGUUCUCUGCUAGUCGUACAUCGUCCCCCGGGUCCGCUCGGGGCGCGGGGAUCAGAACAUCUGGUCGAACACACUCCUCCCCCCACCGUCCAGGGCAUCGGCCUCCUUGCGCAGCACGUCGGCCCGGAAUUUGCGGAAGGCCCGCUCGAUGCGAUCGCGCCGCUCCGGAUCACCCAUGAUCUGCGAACUGCCGCUGGAAACAC